AUGGCGGCAUGGUUCAACUCAAUCAUGCCAAUUUUGGGAAUUCCUUCAUCUUUUCUCCCAAAACCCAUUUCACUUCCUCCUCUUUCUUCUUUCAGGAAUAAUAACUUACAUGAACAAAGGUUAGAGAAUGAGGACUUGUCCAAGUCAUCAUCUGAUGAUGAAAAGAGUGUGAAACAAGAUAACAUUUGGCAAUUGUUCAGAGAAGCUCAGCAGAACAUACUAUACUUAAACAAUCAACGCCUUGGUGCCAUUGAGGAACUUAACAAAACAAACAAAGAAAAACAGUUCCUAUUUCAUAAGAUAAGGAAAUUAGAAGCAGAAAAGAAGGAGGGAACAGAUAAGCUAUCAACUUGUUCCGAAUUGCUGCUUCGAAUAGACUCAAUGGUCCUUGGCAGCGUGAUUACUCCUGCAGAGGCAUCUGACUUUAGAAGUUUGGUGUUAAACCACAAAGUGAGUGUGGUUGAUGUCUUUAAUCUCGUCUCACAUAAAAGCGAUUCUGAACUUCUCAGAGAACUUCGUCACUUUUCAGAUCAAAGCAAAACGAGGAGUUUUCAUAUUAUUCACAUUUGCACAGAAAUGGCACCAUUGGUCCAUAGAGGGUCUGUAGCAUCAUAUGUAACCGGCAUAUCUCGUGCACUUCAAAGAAAAGGCCACCUGGUGGAGGUUAUAUUGCCCAAGUAUGCAUGUUUAGACCUUGAUCAAGUGCAAGGGUUGCGUGAAGUUAAAGGGGAGGCUUACUCGUAUUUUAAUGGUCAAUUACAUGGAAAUAAAAUUUGGAAUGGUGUUGUUUAUGGAAUUGGAGUCACUUUGAUUGAGCCAUUGAACUAUUCAUCAUUUUUCAACCGUGAGAUGAUAUAUGGUUACCCGGAUGAUUUCGAAAGGUUCUCUUACUUCUGUCGUGCCUCACUGGAUUAUAUUGUAAAAUGUGGGAAGCAACCCGAUGUACUGCAUCUUCAUAACUGGGAGACUGCCAUUGUUGGGCCCCUUUUCUGGGAUAUAUUUUUUAACAAGACCAACAAAUGUCGUUCUCUCAAGUAUAGGAAGACUUUGAUAGCACUUGGUUGA